AUGCCGUCCAAAUUCUCUUUGCAGAGACCUUAUGUCGUAGCGACACUGCCGAAACCUCUUGAUCAUGACCAUGGAGGUUAUGUUAUUGGAGAAGUGUUUGGCGGGGCACCUGGCUCAAAAAAGAGAAAAAGAUCGGAACUAGUCGUUGGAAUUGAUGGUGAAGGUCUUAACAUUUACGAUAUAUCCUCAACCAGGCUCAUCACCUCCUAUGCUCUCCCUCCGCAGUCGUCCUUUUCCUGCAGUCCAACCUCGUUUCGCAGUCGGCUGUCGAAAAGCAGAAUCAGUCGACGAACGUACGCAUCUACUAGUGGGACCGACGCUAGAAUUACUGUAUUCAAGGACGACAAUGAUGUAUCGACAGGAACAACCUCUUCCAGCGCAUCGCGCAUCGUCACAGGCGCUGGAAAUCCAAUUGUUUUCAACGGUAUUACCACGCCCCACCAUGGGACAGAUGCAUCAACGGGUCUCAAAGAACUUAUAGUAGUUAGAAAAAGCGGCGAUAUUGAAUGUCUGGAUGGCGACACUCUCGAAGAAAGAUGGACCUCGCCUGCGUCCGCAUUAGAGGGAACCAUCGACGAGUUGGGCGGUCAACGGGUUGUCGAGUUUGCGGCUUUGACUAGCUCCUACUCUGUAGCUCAAGGGAUAUUCAAGGAGAGUCAGAAAAUAUCUACAGCUUUUCCCCAGGAAGUUUCUGAGGAUGGCUAUAAUCCAGAUGUUCUUGUGCUUGUAUCACGACAGGAUUCGCCGGGGUCUUCCUUCGUUAGGUGGAUUCAUAUCGUCGCAUUUCCACGUAUAUCAUUAGGCCAGGCGAUGGGCUCGAAACACUCGGUACAUGUCUUGCUCUCGGCACAACUACCCGCAGGCAGUGCUCAUCGCUCUGAAAAAACAGCGCACUUCGCUCUCCACGCACUUGGUGGCACUCUGCACCAACUGUACGAGAGUAAGUUGACCACCUUCACGCUGACUGAACUAGGAGCGAGGGUGCAAUCAAACAUGAAUGUUCACGAUUCUAAUUCGUUCCUCCGACUGUCAAGCACAUCUAUUAUGGUUUCUUCUCAGGCCAAAUUGAAUGUUUAUAAUCCCAAGUAUCAAUCCCUAUUGUCGACAGUCGACUUGGCCAUUCUCAACGAGAAGGAGACGCUUAAGCGUAAGCGCGAAACGGAUUCUGAGGGCGAAAAUGUCCCCUUAGGAAAGUCUUACCUCGCAAGCUACUUUCCCAAGCUUAGCAUUGCUCUAGCACUCGUUGGCAACAAUAUUGUCGCAGUCCAGAUUGAAGGGAACAAGGAUCGUAAAGGUGGAUCCAGCGCCACAGGACUACUGAUUGACUCGCUGGGUUGUGCAAUGCCUGGGCAGAAACGCGACACAGAAAAAAAGUUGAAUGCAAAAAUUUUGGACUCCGUCACAAUAACCGGUCAUUUCCCUGGGACUGUAAACGCCGAUGGGCCGUCUAUCAAGAGUGUUCGGAAACUCGAAGCAGCUGUGUCUGCUGGCGACGUGGAGCAAUUUGACAAAAUAAUGGCGGAGAAGGGAGUGAGACCUAUACUUGGAUCUGAUAAGAAGUUCUCGCAAGAAUUGUCCAAACGGGCAAUUAUUGCCAUUGAUCGACGCUGGAUUUUGUACUCCUUGAGAAAAAUAUUUCAGUGGAAUCACUCAGCGAACGGGGGAGAACCUCGACUUUCCGUGUCCUUUUACGCUCCAACAACAUUUCUCUGGCUCAUUCAGAGUGGCCAUAUGACUAUCUCAAACAUUCGCGCAGCGUUUCAAGGUGAUUCUGCGCUCUUUGAUUGCGAGAUCGACGCGAGCGAUCUCGUCUCUGCCGUAUAUGAUAUCAAUCCGGAUAUGGAUUUGUUAUUUGGCCUCGUUAGGCACAAUCAUCUGGAUGCCAUUGGAUUGGUCGAAGUUGUUCGAAUCUUAAUUGAGAGCUUUGAGCUGUUAGGGGAGAAAAACGAUGCCCGGCCAAGUUUGCUCACCAACGGAGAAGGUGCUCCUGAUGACGAUGAAGACAUGGAUGCUGAGAUAGAAGAACUCGGGGCAGAAGCUGAGGAAUUUCUGAAUCUUGCAGAAUACCACCUCGAAGCAGGAUCUGGGGUCAGAGGUCAAGCUUUAAGUUUGUCGCUUUCUAAACUAUAUGCUUGUCCGACAAACUCUAUCGUGAAUGCUCUCCAAACCAGACUGUCGAGCCGGGAAAUUGUUUGUCUGAUCUACUUGCUCAGGUUCGAUCUGCAAAAGGGAGGUUGGACUGCCAAGUAUCUUGAUACUGAUCCUCAAGAUGAGGCGACAGAUGCUGCCGAAGUUCCAGAUAAUGCGAUCAUACUCAUAUCGACGUUACUGGGAAAUUGUAUCGAUGCUAUUGGGGCUGGUGGAUGGUUGGCUGGUGAUGCGAUGUUGGUGCGUGGAGACGGCAGUUCAGAUGCAGAAGAUUUGAUUUCAGCCCUUAAGCUUGAAGUUAGUGCUGCAUUAGAGUCCAUCGAGGAAGGAACAUACUUGAAAGGUAUAACAUCUGAAAUGGUGCGGUACGGAAAUGCGGUUCAAAUGGCUCUGAAAGAGCAACCUCAUCACGAACCCUCCGCAAACAAGAAACGCAAACCUGUCACAUUGAAGUUGAUUGAUCCAGAGCAGAUGAUUUUACCUGUCGGUCUAAAAGCAGAACAGCAAAUUUCACGUCAAAGGGUUGGUGCCGGAGGAGAGAUUCAGGCACGAACGGCUAGAGACAUUGGGCACUUGAAGAGUCAGAAGGUCGGCAAAUAUACCUUUGAGCGGAUUGUGAUUUGA